AUGUCACACAUCCCCAUGGGCCCGACGACGGAAGAGCUGGCCCAGCGAUGGCUCUCGCAAGAUCGAGACCCGGAGACCAGGGCGGAGAUCGAGGGCCUGCUGAAAUCCAAAAACACUCAUGAACUGGACCAACGUCUGCGCAAACGCAUUGCCUUUGGCACAGCCGGACUCCGGUCAUCAAUGAAGGCUGGUUUCGCUCACAUGUACGUCAUCGUCAUCGACGUCGACCAGGAAUGCGCGUCCUGACUAUCUUGACAGGAACUCGUUGACCGUCCUGCAAGCUUCGCAGGGGCUUGCAGACUAUAUCAAAAGCCAGCCUCACGAGAAAGAAGGCCGGAGUGUCGUGAUUGGAUUCGACGCCCGUCAUAACUCGGAAAAGUUCGCCCGACUGGCAGCGGCCACUUUCUUGGAGAAUGGCUUCCGAGUCUUCUGGUUUGGACAGCACGUCCACACCCCAAUGGUGCCAUUUGCGGUCAGCGCAUACAGCGCCGAUGCUGGCAUCAUGGUGACUGCGAGCCACAAUCCAAAGGACGACAACGGAUACAAAGUCUACUGGGCCAAUGGCUGCCAGAUCAUUCCUCCCCACGACAGCGGCAUUGCAAGAGCCAUCGACAGCGUUGACAGAAUCUUGAGCUGGGAGACAGAACUUGUCAAUAGCCACGAGAACGUGAAGGUGUGUUGACGCGUAUGAGUACGAAAUGGCGAAUAAUCUGCUAAUUGCCAGCAGAGAAUCUUCUCCGAGGCCGCGAAAUCUUACCUGGACCAUAUUCGAGAGCUGGUCUGGCCCUUGCCCUCUGUCACUGAUGCUAUGCCCUUUACCUAUACAGCCAUGCAUGGCGUUGGCACCAAAUUCAUGACACAGAUCGCCUACAUGCUCUGGUUCCGAGGCCAAUUCAUGAGGGAAGUCAAGGAACAGGCAUCACCAGAUCCCGAAUUUCCAACCGUGUCCUUCCCCAAUCCAGAGGAGAAAGGAGCGCUCGAUCUCGCAAUCCAGGAAGCAAACAGAAAUAACUCAAACAUCAUCCUGGCCAAUGAUCCGGAUGCAGACAGGUUCUCGGCGGCAGAGAGGAUUGCCAAGGGACAAUACCAUCAGUUCACUGGCAAUCAAAUUGGCAUCUUGCUCGCCUCUCACGUUCUCGAUACUUCUUCGGGUGACAGGAGCAAGCUCGCCAUGCUGGCAUCGACCGUAUCAUCACGUAUGCUCUCAAGCAUGGCGGAGAAGGAAGGCUUCCACUUUCAAGACACCUUGACUGGCUUCAAAUGGCUCGGCAACGUCGCUCAAGAUUUGCAAAGGCAAGGCUAUGACCCAGCUUUUGCGUUUGAGGAAGCCAUCGGUUUCAUGUUCCCGACAGUCGUCUGGGACAAAGACGGCAUCGCCGCAGCUGCCGUCUUCCUCACUGCCUGGAGGAGGUGGAAGAAGCAGGGCAUGACACCUUACCAGAAGCUUCAACAGCUGUACAAGACGUACGGCUACUUCGAAGAUGCCAAUACCUACCUCAUCUCGCCUUCCCCGGAUACCACAAAUCUCGUCUUCGAGGACAUUCGCACAUCAAACCACGGUCAUCGUCCCGAGACAAUCGGAAAACGAAAGAUUCUUCGAUGGCGAGAUCUUACCCUCGGAUACGAUAGCGAAACGAAAGAUCACAAACCCGUUCUUCCGGUGGAUCCCAAUGCGCAGAUGCUUACCUGUGAGUUGGAGAGUGUGGUGUUCACGGCCCGAGGGUCGGGCACCGAGCCGAAGAUCAAGCUGUACAUUGAGGCCAAGGCGGAGUCUUCUGCCGCGGCCAAGGGGGAAGCAAAUGAGGUUCUGCGAGAUCUUCUGAUAGAGUGGUUCAAGCCCGAGUAUGGCUUGAAGCUGGCGGGUACUUGA